AUGGCAGUGGCGAAGCUGGUCCUAGUGGCACCAUCCCCCCAACCUCUGCCUGCUCAGCCGGAGAUGAUGCGCGCCGCCGAGAAGGACAAGCAAUUGGAAGAGAAUUUAGAAUAUCAUUAUGUGUUGGAGGACCAUGACUUUAGGCAUAGGCAGACACCUAGUUCGAAAUUGAAAAUGUCUUUGUGCUGUUUUGGUGAACUUCCCGCUAUUCUGAAUUUGGAGAAGUUGUUGAUUGUUUUUCUUUUUACGGUUGCUGGCGCUUAUGGGCUGCCUCCUACCCCUGCAAGGCGCACUAUUUUCAUUGUAUACCAGACAGCUAUUCCUUAUAUAGCAGAUCAUAUUAGAAUUGCUUCCCGUGGCAUUGCCCUUGCUGAUUCAGAGUUUGCUGAGAGUUAUGGUGAAAGUGCUAUCAGGAGCCGUAGUUCACAGGACUCUGCAGUUAGUCCUUCAACAUCAGGACAAUAUAGUACAACUCUUUCAAGAUUGAAGCAAAAACUGAGUGGUUUUUGGUUGCAUGUGGUUCAGCGAUGGCCUGUGGUGAUCCUUUUGCUUGAUAGGCUCAUUGAGGUGAUAAACUUUCCAGAAGUAACUUCUCUACAUGCAUUCCAUUUUCCCCCAUUGUUUGCAGGCCUUUAUUAUCAUAUAUCUAAGCGUGCUUCAGGCAUUCGUUAUCUCUUCAUUGGAAAACCAUCAAAUCAAAGACCCAGAUACCAAAUACUAGGAGUAUUUCUACUGAUUCAACUUUGUGUAAUAGCUGCAGAAGGGCUGCGCCGAAGAAGUUUAUCUUCAGUUGCUGGCUCAGUUCAUCAGGCAUCUUUUGCAUCCCAACAGAGAUCAGCAGGACAUGGUUUGCCUGUUCUGAAUGAAGAAGGUAAUCUGGCAUCUCUAGAUACUGAUGAAGGAGGUUGGGUCUCCAAUUCUUCAUCUUCUGAGUAUGGGACUAGCAAAUGCACUCUUUGCCUAAGUAAUCAUCAACAUCCAACAGCUACAUCCUGUGGCCAUGUAUUUUGCUGGAACAAUGAAAAGCCAGAAUGUGCUCUUUGCCGCAUCCCAAUAACACAUUCAGGUCUAGUUUGUGUGUGUCAUUCAGACUUCAGAGUAUCCAUUUCUUCAUCUGCAAUCUCUUGUAUAAAAGAGAGGAUAUAUCAUGAAAGGUAACAUUUUCCUUGUCUUGGAUCUUGCAAGGAUUUUAUUUAUUUAUAUGUUUAUAAUGAUGUCAUUACAAGGGAUAUUUGGAUGUUCGUAGAGUAUGUUUAUGUUUAAUUAAGGGAAACAUUUACAACCACUAAAUUUAUGUGGUUUUUGUAUAAUUAUUAAACGUUAAAUGAAAAUAUA